AUGGCACACGUCGACAGAGGGCAAUCUGAUCGCGACCCCUACUCUCUGAGGAUGGAAGAGUUUCGUGUCAAGAUCAGAAAAUGUCAAGACGCCUCAAUGGCUCGAUCUCGGGUCCAGAGUGUCCUGAGCAACUACAACCAGAUGUGUCCCGACAUGCCCAAGGCGAUUCAGCUCAGGGUCGCCAGGUUUCUCCGACACGAGAAAUGGGUAGAUAGCCCGCGCCACCUUAACCGAUUCAAAUUCUAUACUAUGCUUAGCGGCCAGGGACGCACCAAAGUGCUGAACUUCUCAGCCUGGUUGGUUGUGGCGGCUAUUUGGCCAUCCCACCGGCUCGUCCUUGGCAUCGCAGAAGAAAUGUCACGGCUUUGGGGGCAGAGGUUCCCUGAUACACAACCUUUCUUCCCUAAAAACGUCUCAGAGGAGGAGGCACUCCUCAAGUAUGAGGGAAAUUUUGUUACGGGGGACGACUACCCUCUCUCGGAUGUUAGCGAUGGACAUUCCAAAGACAACAACAAAGAGGAUUACAAGCGCAAGUCGAAUCCGGGCGAUGUUUUCGAAAGAGCCGCCAAAAAGCACAAGGUUGACCGAACUACCGCUUCGCCCAACCGUGACAUCCCAGAGCCGCCCAAUGUGCAAAAGACCUCAGGUGCUGAGGGCCCGGAACAAGGCAAAGUUUCCUUUCUCAAAAGGAAAAUUAAGGCACGGGACGAGCUUAUCAGCGAAAAGAACGGAGUCAUCAAACACCAAGCUGCGCAAAUCAAGAAACUGGAGCGUCAACGUGAUCGAAGGUUCAAAGACGGAGACAAAGACUUCAGAGGGCUCUUCAAUCGUGUCGAAGCGCUCAAGACAAGCCUCAGAGAUGCGGCUGAAAAGGAGCACGAUCUGCAGUCCUAUGUCCGGCAAUUGGAAGGUCAGAUCAGGAAUCGAGAUGAAGAAAUCGAGAAGCUCUCUGAUCGCAACAGAAAGCUCAGUGCAAAGAACCAGGGCGGAUAUCGCACUUGGGAGACGCACGCUGAGGGACUGGAAGGGGAUCGAGGCAAAGGAAUCAAGGAUCUCAUUGAUGAUGACAGAACACUCGGGGAAAAGGUCAAAGAGCCGUCCGAUACGGAGGAGGAGUAA